GGCCACCUGGAGAGUCAAGCACAGGGGUAACAAACGAUCAAAAAGUACAGAAGAUGUCGCCAACAAACCCCGAAUAUGGAUUUCAAAAAGAUUCUCCGCCCAAGCCAUCCAAUAAUUCGUCGUUACUCGUAAUUCUCGACCAAAUCCGAAAAUGGAAUGUUACUUUUGAAAAUGGAAUGGACCCUAUUGGAUUCGUAGAACGUGUAGAAGAAAUGGCUGAAAUGUACAUCGUGGAAUUGAAUCAAAUAAUUAAAGUAAUGCCAGAGUUGUUACGAGGUAAAGCUUUAAUCUGGCUAAGGAACAACAACCGACACUGGACUACCUGGAACGAAUUUAAGAGUGAUUUUCUGAAAUUCUUUUUGCCACCGAGAUACUUUGAGAAAUUGGAGGAUGAAAUUAGGAGAAGGAUACAGCGUAAUAAGGAGCCGUUUAAGGAAUAUGUACUCUCUAUACAGCAUCUUAUGCAGCACACCAAUAUGACCGAAGAACAAAAAUUGGAACGAAUUUUUAGAAACGCGCAUUCGGAUUAUCAAUGGUACAUUCGCCGUAAAGACUUUACCACACUUUCGGAAUUGAUCUCCUUGGCAGACGAACUCGAAAGCAUACCAAAUAAUUCUCGGUCAGAACAGCCUCGAAAUCAACAAAACUAUAAUCGACGUGCGGACAACUCUAGAAAUAACCUGUAUUGCACCAAUCAAGGUGACCAAGUGCUAAACGAAAGCUCAUCCAAUCCAGAAACGCAGCAGGAUGAACCCCCGGCAAAGAAGAGUAACCAGAAUAUUACCUCAUUGCAAUGUGAAGAAUAUCGCCUUACUGCAACUGUCUUAAUAGAGGGGAAAGCUAUUAAAGCAAAUGUCGACACGGGUGCCACUAGCUGUUUUAUAAAAAGAGAAUUUGCGAAAAAAAUCAAGAAAAGGUUUACUUAUUCACGGCAUGAGGCAAAUGUUAUCCUCGCAGACGGCACCACGGUGAACAUCACAAGAUCAACAGUGUUACCUGUUACAUUUGGGAACCAAAGCUCAGAUGUUACAUUUCUCAUCAUGCCGCAAUUCAAGGAAAACAUCAUAUUGGGAUUGGAAUUUCUAAAACAGUUCCACACGACCAUUCACUGCGCCGGUAUAAGUGUCAAAUUAAGUAAGCCAACCACAUCAACGGAGCAUUGUACCGUGGCUAUAGGAGAGGAAACCCCAUCAAAAGAGACAUUAAAUUGACAAUACCCAAACUAAUCAGUGUCCUAAUAUAAGCCCAUACUUCAAAGACCAUCGAUAUCUUCCCGAUCGUCAUCCUCAUCCUCAUCAGCCUCGUCGUCUUUAUCGUCAUCCUCAUCCUCAUCAGCCUCGUCGUCUUCAUCAUCAUCCACAAGCCAAACGAUGACACCUCAUCAGCCAACAUUGUGUAGCAGUCAACCUUCCAUCGAUGAAGUGUUUAUACCCAGUAAGGAGAAUAAUAGUACACCAAGUACAAUCAAAUUGCCAGUCACUGAAAUCCCAACUGAGUCAACGCCAUCGUCCUCGACAGACAAUCCCGUGAACGAUAACACAUUUCUCGAACUGCCAAAUUAUCCCGAAAACCUACAAAUCCGUAUCGAGAAGUUUAAAAACAAUUGGAAAAAGGGACACAAACUGAAGCGAAUUGUUAAACAAGAUGGCAAGCAGUACCGCAUAAUAAUAUCAGCAGACGGGGUAGUGAAGGUAUCUCUCCGAACUUCUGCAAUUGGUCUCUAACAUACCUUCCUAUUCGACCGAGAUAUAGUCGAACCAAAGUGCCCAUGUCGGAGAAAUAAAAGGUUACAUAACACCCUAGGGCUUCCUGGCUAUUGAAACCCAAUAGCAAUAGAGAAAGCAAAUCAAGGAAUCAAAAAUCAGAGGGAGGAAGAGAUGCCAUGUAACGCCCAAAAGUCAUGCUUUCGUUUUUGGGGUACAUUAUUAUUUUAAAUACCAUUUUUACGUCCCCUAGUGGAAAGAAGUAUACUUAAAAUACAACAUUGGAACCCCUGGUGGCAAAUGGCGGAACUACGCAAAACUGUCAGAUUGGGAUCAGCUGCUGUCAUGAGAAAACAACAAUCGUUGUCCAGCCAAAAAGGUAUAAAAGGAGACGCAUUUCACACAAUCGACAUCAGUCUUCUGUUGAUGGCUGGUAAGUCAAGUGUGAUUGGGAGGAAGAAAAGGCGCGCAACCUUGGUUGAAUUGAGUCUUAGUAAGCCAAACAAUAAGCCUUGACUAUUUGUGGUGACUGGACUGGACUGAACGCAGGGUCAAGUGAGGGUUGUAGCAAUACUCCCUAUUCUUCGGGCUGCGGUGACGGCGACUGAACGCAGGGUCAAGUGAGGGUUGUAGCAAUACUCCCUAUUCUUCGGGCUGCGUUGACGGCGACUGAACGCAGGGUCAAGUGAGGGUUGUAGCAAUACUCCCUAUUCUUCGGGCUGCGUUGACGGCGACUGAACGCAGGGUCAAGUGAGGGUUGUAGCAAUACUCCCUAUUCUUCGGGCUGCGUUGACGGCGACUGAACGCAGGGUCAAGUGAGGGUUGUAGCAAUACUCCCUAUUCUUCGGGCUGCGUUGACGGCGACUGAACGCAGGGUCAAGUGAGGGUUGUAGCAAUACUCCCUAUUCUUCGGGCUGCGUUGACGGCGACUGAA